GUCCCGCCAUUGGGCCCCAUUUACUGGCCUAGGCCGGCUAACAGAAGUGCCGAGUUUGGAAGACACUUGUGGGGUAUGCAGUGCCCCGAGGGUACUCCCGGUCCAGGAACUUCCGAGUGGGCCCGAUUUUCUGCAGCUGUUUAAGGAGUAGAGCUUCGGUAGCCGGGGAGCUGGAGGGGAACCUGAUUUGAGAUCAAUUCUUGGAGAACACAAAGAAGUGUGGUGGUAUGUUCCACAUGUGAUGGAAACUAUUAUGAAGUUUUGUUCUGGAUCUGACAUGUGUUCAGUCAGACUUGAAUUUUAGAAAGACUAUUCUGAAAAAUAAAUCUGGAUAGGAAGAAAAGGCUGAAAGAUUUGGAAAAAUGUUGUCUGAGAGGUCAGUUAUAACUAUUUAAAGCAGUCCAUGUAAAGAAGGAAGAUCUAAAUUAGAAGAGUGGUGGUAGAAAUGAAAGGAUUGAACCAACUGCCCUUUGACCCUGCAAACAACAACGAACCCCUGCAGUUUGGUAGUGCGACUGGCCCUCUGGUUGCAGAUAGCCUCAUUGAGAAUGGAGGGGAAUCAAGCAAGAAAAGAAAGAGAACAAAUACUCCUUCGGCUGAAAAUGCUAGAACUCUGAAUGUAGAUUCCAGUGCAAUGACUCUGCCUGUGUCUGAUCCAACUGCAUGGGCCACAGCAAUGAAUAAUCUUGGAAUGGCUCCACUGGGAAUUGCUGGACAACCAAUUUUACCUGACUUCGAUCCUGCCCUUGGAAUGAUGACUGGAAUACCGCCGAUAACUCCAAUGAUGCCUGGUUUGGGAAUAGUACCUCCACCAAUUCCUCCAGAUAUGCCUGUAGUAAAAGAGAUCAUACACUGCAAAAGCUGCACUCUUUUCCCUCCCAGCCCAAAUCUCCCACCACCUGCAACACGAGAAAGACCGCCAGGGUGUAAGACAGUGUUUGUGGGUGGCCUGCCUGAAAAUGGAACAGAGCAGAUUAUUGUAGAAGUGUUUGAGCAAUGUGGAGAGAUCAUUGCUAUCCGGAAGAGCAAAAAGAACUUCUGUCACAUUCGCUUUGCUGAGGAGUACAUGGUGGAUAAAGCCCUUUAUCUUUCUGGUUACCGAAUUCGCCUGGGCUCUAGUACUGACAAAAAGGAUACAGGCCGACUCCAUGUUGACUUUGCCCAGGCUCGAGAUGACUUAUAUGAGUGGGAGUGUAAACAGCGUAUGCUAGCAAGAGAGGAGCGUCACCGUAGACGGAUGGAAGAAGAAAGACUUCGUCCACCAUCCCCACCCCCUGUGGUCCACUAUUCAGAUCAUGAAUGCAGCAUUGUUGCUGAAAAACUAAAAGACGAUUCCAAAUUCUCAGAAGCUGUGCAGACCUUGCUAACAUGGAUAGAGAGAGGAGAAGUGAACCGCCGCAGUGCCAACCAUUUCUAUUCCAUGAUCCAGUCAGCUAAUAGCCACAUCCGCCGCCUGGUGAAUGAGAAAGCUGCCCAUGAAAAAGAGAUGGAAGAAGCAAAAGAGAAGUUCAAGCAGGCCCUUUCUGGAAUUCUCAUUCAGUUUGAGCAGAUAGUAGCUGUGUACCAUUCUGCUUCCAAACAGAAGGCAUGGGACCACUUCACAAAAGCCCAACGUAAAAACAUCAGCGUUUGGUGCAAACAAGCUGAGGAAAUUCGCAACAUUCAUAAUGAUGAAUUAAUGGGAAUCAGGAGAGAAGAAGAAAUGGAAAUGUCUGAUGAUGAAAUAGAAGAAACAAAGGAAACGGAGGAAUCAGCCUUAGUGUCACAAGCAGAAGCUCUGAAGGAGGAAAAUGAUAGCCUCCGCUGGCAGCUAGAUGCCUACCGGAAUGAGGUAGAACUACUCAAGCAAGAACAAGGCAAAGCCCUUCGAGAGGAUGACCCAAACAAGGAACAGCAGCUGAAACUUCUGCAGCAAGCCCUCCAGGGGAUGCAACAGCAUCUGCUCAAAGUCCAAGAAGAAUACAAAAAGAAAGAAGCUGAACUUGACAAAAUCAAAGAUGACAAAUUACAGGUGGAAAGAAUGUUAGAAAAUCUUCAAGAAAAGGAAAACUGUGCUUCUAGACUGUGUGCAUCAAGCCAGGAAAGUGACUACCCUCUUGAGAAGACCAUGACCAGCAGUCCAAUCAAGUCUGAACGUGAAGCACUGCUAGUGGGGAUCAUCUCCACAUUCCUUCAUGUUCACCCAUUUGGAGCAAGUAUUGAAUAUAUCUGUUCCUACUUGCACCGUCUUGAUAAUAAGAUCUGUACCAGUGAUGUGGAAUGUCUCAUGAGUAGACUCCAGCAUACCUUCAGACAGGAAAUGACUGGAGUUGGAGCCAGCCUAGAGAAGAGGUGGAAAUUCUGUGGUUUUGAGGGCUUGAAGCUGACCUGAAUCUCUUUGCCUAACAAUUUGGUAUCCUGAAAAUAAAUGUAUGCUGGACAAGCUUAGGACAUAUUUUUUUUUAAAUUCUCAGUGGUUUUCAAGUGUACAUUGCUUUCAAUAUGUCAAUUCAUUCCUAAAUAUCUUUCAAGUUAAAAUAAGGAUCCUAAAACUGCACCUCAAGCUACAGAUCCUAAAAAGAAAUUGCCUUGAACCUCAAGUGCUGUAACUUCCUAUUUCUGGCAAUUGGUUGAUGUUUCUUAUAAGUAGCCUUGAAAAAUUCCUGAAGCUAAAGAGUAUUUGGAGUGUUUUCAGUAUCUGUACUACUGUUGUAGGCAUUGUACUUUUUCAACACUGUUAACUGAAAUGUUUUGAUGAUUUGUACGUGCUUUGUGUCUCCAGAUUUCUCUUCACAUGUUGCAACUGGUAAAAGGAAUGAAAAGAGCACUACAAAUGCUUUGUAACUGCCAUUGUCUUUCCAAUUCAUGGUAAACACUAAAUGAAUAAUCUAUCAGUGUCUUCUAUAAGGUGCUUCACCAGUUCACCUUUCAAAUACAAAAGCAUGAACUGUGGCUUUUUGUAAAAAUACUCUGAACCAAAAGUUGACAAAUGUUCCAAAGUUAUUUUCUCCAAUAGUGAAAAGGUCUAUUUCAGAAUUUUAAAACAAGAAAUCUAGAUGGAUUCACAGAGAGACUCCAGAAUGACUAUCAUGUUUGUGUUUUUCAAAACUACUUGUAAAUAGUCUUCCUUUAAAAGAGGGCAUAUUUAAUUUUCUAGGAAUUAAAAUGCAGUCAGGCAUGGGCACAUGUGCACACACAUACUAGCAGAAAGGAUUUAUUUUAAUAGUCGUUCCCCUCUGGCCUUCUUACAUUCUGUUGUUCCCUUUCUCCUGCUGUUAGUUGUUUAAUUGCAAACUGUGUAUUGCUGUAAAUACUGUUUACCUCAUGCUGAAUGUUUGUAAAGAACUGAUGUGAGUACUGAAAGUAAUGAACUAAUGAAUAAAAAAUGGGCCAGGGCAUGAGGCAUCCUGCACUUAUGUCAGCUCUAUGCAGAAUGCUGACACCUCUGCUUCAGCCAUGCCCAUCUGUAUGUUGCAAUGGCCUCGUCAAGUGUAAGUGGACCAUUCAGGAAGUCCUGCCUCAUAGAAAAAGAAAAGAAAGGGUAGAAUUAGAGGGUAUUCCCCAGAGGUAGAGUUGAUUUUUAUUAUUUUCAUGGUGGGGAUGGUGGUACUUGUAAUUUCAAAAGCAUGCCCUCCCUUAAGCUCAGUUGAAAGUAAGCCUAGCCAAUGAGAGUAUUUCCUGAAUAUACUUGCAAACAAGAUGUGAGUCGUGUUCAAAGAUGUAUUUUUAAAAUAUAAAUAUUCCUUUUUAUACCUUAGCUGUGUGUUCUGUCCGAAUGACUUCCUUUGUAACUGAUUCUUAGAUAUCUCAGCUUCUCUUUGAGUUACCCAGGAUGUUGGGAGAAGAUGCCAAACUUGCUUGACAACUAGAACUAACAUUCCACAGCAGCCCAUUCAUGCUGAAAGUUUGCUUGCACCUUAAGCACCCCACUGUGACCCCAGAAGGAAGCUAGAGUUACUUUUACACUUGCUUCCUCACAGGACCAUCUCUGUCAUCAAGGCUGCUUCUCUGGAAAGCUUUCAUUCAUCACUCUGAGGGGCUCUAGAAAUACCUUCUUUAUGAUAAUAUCUGUAAAAUCAGGAGAAUUUUUUUCACUCACCACUUAUCUCUUAAAUAAGUUAAGCAAAUUUCAAGGCAACAGCUGACAUACUUAAACACCUUGUUUAUUUUCAUUUAGUCUUUCUUUUUUAUUAUUCUUUUUCUUUUUCUUGAGAUGGGGUCUCACUAUGUAAUUCAGUCUGGCCUAGAAUUUGCAAUCCUCCCACUUAAGCUUCCCAAGAUCAGAAAUUACAAGCCUGUAUCACUGUGCCUAUCCAAGCUGUUUCAAUUAUUCAUUCCAGUUCAGGUAUAAUUCUCCUAGCAUGCUUCCAUAUACUAGUUGUGAUGGUGAAGUUUCUGUUUCAAAUUGACUAUUUUUUUGGUCUGGUGCCAGACAACAUGUUAGUGUGAGACUAUUUUUCUUAGGUGUGAUUAAAGUUUAAACCAAGAGUCUUUGAAUAGUGCAACUUACCCACCAAAGUGUCCUCAUCAAAUUCAUUAAAAACCACAAGUAUUAGCUAUGAGGUGCCGAAGGAAGAACAUCUGCUUCCAGGCUACCUUCUUUUGGAGUAAAAAUUCAGUUCUUGCCUGUUGGCCAGCUCUUCAAAUCUAAGUUCCCACAUUUACAUAAACCAGUUUCUUGAAACCGUGUGUGUGUGUGUGUGUGUGUGUGUGUGUGUGUGUGUGUGUACAGGUGUGAAGUCUAUAUUACCGUCUGUCCCAUUGGUUGUUUUCUCUGGAAAAUCUGACAAAUGCAAUAUUACAGAGUUGUUACAAUGUAGCAUAUAAUUGAGUGUGGUAGCACACACUUGUAAUCUCAGCACUUAGGUGUAGGUGCAAUAGGAUCAAGACUGUCCUCAGCAAUACACAAUGUUUGAGGUUAACCUGAGCUAUAUACCACCACUAUAAUCCUUCCCAUUCACCAUAGAGAUCAAUUAAUGAAGCUAUUUUUCUUUAAAAUUCUUCAAUGCCAUUUGUAUUUAUGUUGUUUCCCCAAAAUUUUGAAAUAUUGUUAUCUUACUGCUUUAUGAGAUACAAUAGUUAGAAUUUUUCCAAAUAGUAAUAAAUACAAGAUUUUCUUUA